CCUUGGUGCUCGGCCACAGUGACGGGCGGUUGAGCGCCGGAGAGGGGCAGGCCAGGCCAGGCCGCGGCUGAGGGGGCGAGGGCGGGGACCCGGGAGGCGAGCCCGCGCAGCGGCGGCGAGGGCGGCGGUGGGAGCCUCCUCCCCCAUUUCCUCCCUCCCUCCCCGGGGGAGGGGCAGCCAGCCCAGCCCAGCCCAGCCCGCAGCAUGGCGGCUGCCGCUGGGCGCGAGUCGCCGCCGCCGCCGCCGCCUCCCCCGCCUCAGUCUCGGUCUCCCUUCGCCGCCGCCCGCGCUGGAGCGCCGCGCCCCGCCGGCCGCCCCCCGCGCCCCGUGGUGGCCUGAGCGGGAGGCCGCGAGCGAGCCGCAGGGCGAGAGAGCACGAGCGGGAAGGAGGGGGGCGCCUCGGCCCGGCCAUGGAGCUCGCCAAGCCGGUCUUCCCCGCGCUGCCGCAGCCCAAAGAGGACUCGGAGGAUUGGACAUAUCCAAUGAGAAGAGAGAUGCAGGAAAUUUUACCUGGGUUGUUCUUGGGCCCAUAUUCUUCAGCUAUGAAAAGCAAGCUACCUAUACUUCAGAAACAUGGAAUUACCCAUGUAAUAUGCAUACGGCAAAAUAUUGAAGCAAACUUUAUUAAACCAAACUUCCAGCAAUUAUUUAGGUAUUUAGUCUUGGAUAUUGCAGAUAAUCCCAUUGAAAAUAUAAUAAGAUUUUUCCCUAUGACUAAGGAGUUCAUUGAUGGGAGUUUACAAAGUGGAGGAAAAGUUCUUGUCCAUGGAAAUGCAGGAAUUUCUAGAAGUGCUGCCUUAGUUAUUGCAUAUAUUAUGGAAACGUUUGGAGUAAAGUACAGGGAUGCAUUUACAUAUGUGCAAGGAAGAAGGUUCUGUAUUAAUCCCAAUGCUGGUUUUGUUCAUCAACUUCAGGAAUAUGAAGCCAUCUAUCUCGCAAAGUUAACUAUCCAGAUGAUGUCACCUCGGCAGCUGGAGCGAUCACUCUCGAUUACCACAGGAAGUCUGAAACGAACACAUGAAGAGGAUGAAGAAAUCAGCAAUAUGCAAGCAGCAGCACAGAACGGUUGAUGCUGAAGGCAACUCUGGACUCACUGGCUGGGAAUUUCUACUUAUGGCAGCUGCUAAUCUCAGCAAGAUGAACAAUUGAAUCUAAUUAAAUAUAUAUGUGUGUAUGUAUAUGGGGAACGAGUCCAAAUUCCUGAUGCAAACCUGCCUCUCCAGUAGCACACCAGGCAACACUUUUAAGGUAUUGAACUCCUUGACUGACUAGAUGGCACUGAUUGUUUUACUCUUUUUUUUACACUUUAUAGUUUUACCCUAAACCAAGACUUUUGGACUUGCAAAGAGGUAUUAUUGCAAUAAUGCACUUUUCAUACUUGAAAUUUCUUUAUUUGUAUGGAUAAAGUUAUUACUUUAAACAAAAUGCAAAUUGGGGGGAAUAAUUUGUUUAUAAAGUUAUUUGUGUAAUUUAUAACAAGAGUCUUUAGUAAAAAAAAAACCAAACCCUAAAACUUAA